AAAUCUUUUCUCCUCCUCCUCUUCAGCCUCCCUGUCUCCUCCUACUGCUCUCCCACUAAUGAGUCUCACCUCACACCUGUGGACAUCACAGCCACCUUCAGGUCUCCAUACCCAGGCUUCCUCCCCUGUGACCAGAUCACCUCCUUCUCCUCCUCCUCUUUUUCCUUUAACUCCAGCAUCUUCUUUCGUGGAGCUCCGGUGCCUGACUCUCCAUCAGAAACUGAUUCCAGCAGUGGAGGAGGUUCAGAGGUGUCACCUGCUGACUUGUUUUCAGUUCAGGUUGAGUCCAUCCUGAAUGGUAACUACUUGAUGCCAGGGGGCGCCACUGAGUUGAAGAGACUGUGCCAGGUGUGUGGAGACUCAGCCUCUGGUUCCCACUACGGUGUGGCCUCCUGUGAGGCCUGUAAGGCCUUCUUCAAGAGGACAGUUCAAGGCAACAUCAAGUAUGGCUGUCCUGGAGUGAACCAGUGUGAGAUCACCAAGCACAGGAGGAAAAGCUGUCAGGCCUGUCGUUUCCAGAAGUGUCUGCAGGCUGGCAUGAUGAAAGAAGGUGUUCGUAGAGACCAUGUGAGAGGAGGACGUCAGAAGUACAAGUUCUGUACUGAGACAGGACCCAGGGGGUCAAGUGCCUCCGGGAGCAGCAGGAACAAGGUCAUCUCCCAUUUGCUGCUGACAGAGCCCGCCCCCCUUACAGCCAAUCAUGAUGACUCAACUCAUGACAUCAGCCUGAGCGCGCUGCUGACCCUGGGUGAUCUUCUGAAUCGAGAGCUGCUGCUUCUGAUUGGCUGGGCCAAACUGAUCCCAGGUUUCUCCUCGCUCUCAUUGGCUGAUCAGAUUUCACUGAUACAGAAUGGCUGGAUGGAGGCGCUGCUAGUGGGUGUGGUCUGGAGGUCACUCGCCACAGAGGGGGAGGAGCUUAUCUUUGCUGAGAAUCUGCGUCUGGAUAAACAUCAGUGUCAAGCCGUGGGACUAGGUGGUCUUUAUGAGGUGCUACGCCACCUGGUGGUAAAAUACCAGGUGUUGAACCUGAGCCCUGAGGAGGCAGUGAUAAUGAAGGCCAUGGUGCUUGGAAAUGCAGACACUGAUUCCAUCGACUGUCCUGACACGGUGCAGAGUUUUCUGGACGGCCUCCAUGAAGCCCUGCAGGAGUACGAGUCAUGUCAUGGAGAGCGCCAUCGUGUGGGCCGCCUGCUGAUGAGCCUCCCUCUGCUGCGUCAGGCAGCAGACACAGUCAUUCAGGUGUUCUUACGCCUGCACCACCAUCACCAUGUCCCUCUCCACAAACUGCUGCUGGAGAUGAUUGAAGCCAAGACCUGAAGGCCUUCUAACAACAGUAUGACAUGUUCUCUGAUCUGGGUAUAAUAAGACUAUAUUCAGAAAAUCCUUUAAAAGCAAGUAUAAAUAAGUAUUCGUUGGCAAUUCACUCUGUUUUUCAUUUAUAAGAAAAAUGAUCUGAAAAAGAAAAUAUUUGAAAAUAAUGUUUGAGUCACAACUCUAAAUACUCAUUACUAGGGUAUAAUGGCAAAA